GCGCCGCGAUGAACAGCGUGGGCGAGGCUUGCACCGAGCUGAAGCGCGAGUACGACCAGUGCUUCAACCGCUGGUUCGCCGAGAAGUUCCUCAAGGGCGAGAGCGCCGGGGACCCCUGCGGGCAGCUCUUCAAGCGCUACCAGCUCUGCGUGCAGAAAGCGAUCAAGGAAAAGGACAUACCCAUUGAAGGCCUGGAGUUCAUGGGCCCAAGCAAAGGAAAAACUGAAAACUCCUCUUGACCUCAGCUGUAUGGAUGGAGUCACUAAUAUGAGCCUUUGGACUAAGCAGCAUCACCAGGUGUACGACUAGAUGCCACCUGGAUAAGACCUUUGUUAAGCUGAUUUCUAGGAAGCGAGAAAUCUUCUCCGCUUGUAAAAAUAGCCAC